CACCAAUUCUUAGCAAAGAUGUCGCGUAUGGCAUCGGCGUUCGCGGAGCUCCUGCAACCGUCUCUGAGUUCCCGAACAGUGUUUGUGAAAUGCGUCCCUACGCCUACAACCUUCUUCGAGCGCCGAGCUGUCCUACGAGCUGUCCAAAAGCUUUCGCACGAGACUGUUGAGACCUUCAAGAAGCUCGAAGAUAACUCUUCUUACAUUGUAGUCACAACCAAACCAGGCACCGCGAGCGGCCUAGUGAACGAUUCACCCAUCACGCGCGUUGUCAUCUCGCAAGAUCCGAAUACCGCUAGAGAUCCAACUACCUCUUCAUGGGGUGCCGAAUAUGAUGUGCGAGGGUCUAUAACUACCCCUAUCGACCCGAUACCACCUUCCAGGGCGACAAAGAACACUCCCUCCCUUGAGGAACUAGGCAUAUCCUAUAUAACAUUCACCUUACACAUGUUUGCCGCGAAUAGGUCAUACUACCAUAACCAUGCAAUCAAGCAGAAUCCCCUACACGGGCCAUGGCCACCGAAUGAUGGACCGGAGACAUUCAUGGCGGCCGCUUUGCGCCAGUGCGUACCGGCAGGCGCCAUGGCUCCGGCGUUACGGGACUGGGAUGCUGCCAAACAACUGUCGCGAGACUCCACGAGUUUCGCGGAGGAGAGGGCCGAGGGGGCAGCGACUGUCUUGCUCGGGAAAAAGCGUCUUACGUCUACGGAAGUUUUCCUGAUGGAACGGAUUAGGGCGCGGCGGAAUGAUGCUAAGAUACCGGCUGUUAUGAGAAGUUUGGUUGCGUUCGCAAACGAAACGAUUCGGGAUCAACCGCCUGUUGAUCCGCUCCCCGAUAAAACUUCGUCUAGAAAACUCGAUGAUUGGUCGCUCAAGUCUAAUCCUAGCGUGGGUUUAGAUGCCUCAACUCAUGACGCACCUGAUGCAUUUGGUGGCACCCCUUCAGAUCGUGAGGACCUACCACCGAAUCCAAUCGAAACAGAAACCAAAGGAGAAUGAUCUAAAGGGUAGAUGGCUGUCCGAAAUUACUCUUUUCUACACCUAAGGGUCGCAAGGAUGCCAUAUUGAAACCUUCAUUCCGUCGAUUGAGAUAUACAUUCGAGCCAAUUAUGUUCGGGAAGGAUCAUUCAAUGAUCAAGUCCAACGCGACAUGAGAUCUAUUUUCAAGCCCUCGAUAU